CUCAGUCCCACAGACCAAGAGCCCAAGACCAGUAAUAGAGUAUACUAAGUAUGCACCUCAUCUGCACGACAACCUCUUAGCGUAAUUCCCAAGUGGGGUCACCAAAACCAACUCCCAUUUAUACAUAAAACGCAUGUUAAACCCCAUUUACCCACUCCCAAGAAACACCAUACUAAACCUAUCUAUACUACCAAUCCAUCCACACCAACGUAAACAUUAUAACAUACAUAAAACAACAACCCUCAGCCCAAAUCCAAAAUGUCCACCUCACCACCACCACCAACAACCACAACCACAACAUCCCAAACAACCCCAACAGAACAAACCACAACCACAACCACCCCAGAAGCAACCGACCAACGCACCGCCGAAGCCAAAACCGCCUUCACAGCCUCUCUCCGCUCCGUCGGCGCAAAUUACGAAACCGCGCUCCGCGAUCGAGCCCGCACUCUCCACGAGAACUCUACCGUGCUCGACAAGCAAGAGGCCGAUGUGCGGCGGGCGACGGAGCAGCUCGCUAAGCAGAAUGAUCAGCUGGCCAAGGUGGCGGACCAGGCGAGGGAUGGGUUGAAGGAGAUCGGGGACGUGCAGAAUUGGGCGGAGUUGAUUGAGAGGGAUUUGUUGAUUGUGGAGGAGACGGUGAGGUUGGCGGAGGAGGAGGAGGGGGAGGAGGAGGGGGAUUAUCGCACUCUUGGGAAUGGGGAAGAUCGAGGGUUGGAGGGAAAUGGGAGGAUUAAUGGGUUUGGGGAGGAGGUUGAAAAUGGGGAUAAGGAUGGGAAGAAGGGGAAAGGGUGGUUUCAGUGGUGGUGA